GCCUGAGGCAGCAAGGGAACAUAAUUCCACUGUCACAGAAAUUUCUUUCAAUUUUCUAUAUUCAGUGACUCAGAGAUAUAGAAAGAUAGAUGGAAGGAGAGCGCCAAAUAGAAAAGGGGAAAUAUGCCGCUGAUAUUUCGUCCAUAAAGGAAGCACAUGACAGAAUCAAACCAUUUAUUCUCAAGACUCCAGUUAUGUCCUCCACCUCUCUCAAUGCCUUAUCGGGAAGGCACCUCUACUUUAAAUGCGAAUGUUUCCAGAAGGGUGGAGCCUUUAAAUUUCGAGGUGCCUGCAAUGCUGUUUUCUCGCUAGACGAUGAAGAUGCUUCUAAGGGAGUUGUAACACACAGCAGUGGAAACCAUGCUGCAGCGUUGGCUUUGGCCGCGAAGCUACGGGGAAUCCCUGCAUAUAUUGUUAUUCCGAAAAAUGCUCCAACCUGCAAGGUUGAGAAUGUAAAGAGAUAUGGGGGUCAAGUUGUCUGGUCUGAGGCUUCUGUGCAAUCAAGGGAGGAAAUUGCAAACAAAGUGUGGCAAGAAACUGGUGCUAUCUUUGUUCAUCCCUAUAACGAUGGCCGCAUAUUGAGUGGUCAGGGUACCAUAUCCUUGGAGCUUCUGGAACAAGUUCCACAAAUAGAUACUCUUGUAGUUCCCAUAAGUGGUGGUGGUUUGAUAUCAGGAAUAGCAUUGGCUGCCAAGUCUAUCAAUCCUGCUAUUCGUAUUUUUGCUAUAGCUGAUGGCCUUCGAGCAUUUCUUGGGGAUUUCACAUGGCCUGUAGUGCGAGAUCUUGUCGAGGAAGUUAUAACUGUGGAAGACAGUGAAAUACUCAAAGCCAUGAAACUUUGUUUUGAAAUUCUUAAGGUUGUUGUUGAACCAAGUGGUGCAAUUGGUCUUGCUGCUGUCCUAUCUGAUACUUUCCAGAAAAAUCUUGCUUGGAAGGAUUGCAAACAUAUCGGAAUAGUAGUUUCAGGAGGGAAUGUUGAUCUGGGCAUACUUUGGAAUUCUCUGAACAAAUGACAAUGGAUUCUUUUGUUUUACUUGUAUGAACCUUCAUUGCUCUAGAUAUAAGUGUUAUUUCAUUAAUGAUGUA